UGGAUUUGUUUUUAUAUAUAUAAUUUAUGUAACAUGAACUCAGAAGAGGAAGAAAUAAUGGUAAAACUUCAUCAAGAAUUCAUGGAUUAUUUGGAUGCAAAAUUUCUUGUUGAUUUCUUGUACAACCACAAAGUAUUGGCAGUAGAGGAUUGUAACAGAAUUAAAAACACGGAACCGGUAAGUGAGAGGACUAGAGAACUGUUAUUUAUGCUCCCGAGAAUAAUACCGUCUUUAGACUUGUUUUUCCAUGCACUUAAUGAAUGUGGAUACAGCUUUUUAGCAAACAAAAUCAAAGAUAGUAACAUGUAUAUAAAUAGACAGCAUAAAUGCCGAUUAUUUGGAACUAAGAGAUAUCAUCUUGUGAAUUAUCGUCAUGAAUUAAAAAGGUUAACCCAUUCUGGAAAACAUGAUCAAUUAAGAGAAGAAAUCAAUAAAAUGCAAACAAUGUGGGAAAUGGCCGUCCAAGUUAACUUUAAAGGCAUGACAGAAAAUGAUCAACGUGGCCUUGCAGAUCGUUAUUUCUAUGCUCUGGACGCCGAUUGCGAAUUUAGAAGAGUAAUAUUUGACAAAACAUGUGUAGAGAGUGACUUAUUUCAGAGAAUUCGUGACUUGUCCAAGUAUACGUCUGAAGUUAAUAUUCCCAACAUGCUUUGUUUUGCCCGAUAUGGCUCGGCCAUCUUCAUGGCUAAUAAAAAAGAAUUUGAAAAAGCACAUAGUUACAUUAAAGAGGCUAAACAGCUAUUUUAUCUUGUUAAAGCUUGCCGAGAAACAGGAGUCGUUUUAUAUAUCGAAUAUAAUAUGUUCAAUAUAAUUUAUUCUGACACAAUGCAAUACAACCAAAGGGAACAUCUAUUAGAAUUAGGAAGACAAGCAAUCGAUCACUUUCAAAAGGAAAAGAAAACUAAUCCAGAGGUAGCCAUAGAUUUUUUUAGAAUGUUUAGCUUGAAACUUGCCCAUCUUCAUUUAGGUAUUGGACUAUUUGGAAAUUAUUUGAAGACGGCUGUACCGAAUAAAGACAUUGACGAAGGAAAACGUUUGCUUAAAAUUAUUAAAGACAACAAACAAAUGUGGGAAAGAAUGGAAGUUCGUUGGAAAUGGUUCUAUUAUACAGCUCUAGGAAGAGUUUCACAUUUGGAAAAUUGCCCGAAUGAAGCAUUGGAAAACACAAAACAUGCUUUAAGUGUUGCUGAAAACGGGAAAGGAAAUAAUGAAAACGAAAUAAAAAGUUCAAAAGAAACUAUAAAAUACAUUGAAGACCAACUUUAUUUACAACAAAGACGUUGGUAUUUUUGUAAUAUAAUCUGAUUUAAUGCUAUAUAUAAUAGUGACUGAUAUAUAAAACUACGUCACCGAAAUAUG